CGCCAGCCCGUGCCGAGACACCUGCCGGGCUGCGGCGGGGCGGGGAGGGAGCCCGGCUGGGCUCGGCUCGGCUCGGCUCGGCUCAGCACAGCCCUGACCGCCGCGGGGAUGCCAGGUAUUCCUCAGCACCAAAGGAAUAUAUGGAUUUGUUGCAGUAAUUCUUCCUAGGUCAGAAGUGAGAUGCUUAAGUUCUCAUGAAGAGGCACGACAUGCCUUGCAGUUAAUAGAAGCGUUUAAGGGUGAAACUUUAUGGACAUGUCCUCAGAUACAGGGAAUUUUUUCCCCUCUGGAAAAUUUGGGCAAAGAUAAAUCCAGCUGAAGUCUAUCCUGAGUGGUAAAGCUCCACAGGCUGAUUGCAGGCUCAAGAUGUGGACAAAAUGACUGGGAAAAGGGAGAAAUUCAACUGUUUAUCAUGGCAGAAUGUGUUUUUCAGGUGGAGGAGGAUCAUCACUAUUGGAAUCCCAAAGAACUCUCCAGCUCAGCUUAUAUUUUUAAUGAUCUGGACAGAGGAAAACUGUUGCAGUGGCAGAAUUUGCCAACACAACAAAGCUAUUCAAGCUAGAACACAGAGGUGUGAAUUGCGAAGAGUGGCAGAAGGAUGUCAUGAUAGUGAAUGACUCGGGAAACUUGACAGCAAAAACACUGUGUACUAUUACAACAGCAUUUCUGUCUUUAACUAGUACAGGUAAAUGUGAUGCCUAUGAUGUGAUGUUGAGGCAAAGUCUUGUGCUUGAUGGGCAGCCUCUUGCUAUUAAGUGUUCACUGGAGAAGAGCUUGCAAAGUGGAGAUUACAACAUAACAUGGUAUAAAGCUGGUAACCAGACAGCUGUGCAUAGAGACAAACUUUCUAGAAUUCAUCAACAGAAGAAUUUCCUUUGGUUUCUCCCUGCAAUGUUAGAAGAUUCUGGAGAUUAUGAAUGUGUCAUAAGGAAUUCGACAAGCAGCUGGAAAAUGGGUACAAAAGUAACAGUUUUUGAGAGGAGUGAUGGUUUAUGCUUAAAUGAAGAAUUUGCUGUAGAGGAGAUGAUAUUCACAUUAUCAUCUGCAAAGGUUGUGUGUCCACAUUUGGACUAUUUCAGGAAUGAGAAGAAUAUUCAACCUGUUCGUUGGUAUAAGGAUUGCCAGCGGCUGGAAGGGAAAAGAUUUACCUUCUCAAACAGUGAUCUUAUAAUUUUUAAUGUGAGUGUACCUGAUCAAGGAAACUAUAUGUGUGAAACUACAUAUACCUACAAUGGAAAACAAUACACCAUUUCCCGAGAUGUCAAGCUGACUGUAGAAGUGAGCCCACCAAAAAAGCCGCCUGAAAUAUCUUAUCCAAGAAACAACUCAAUUGAAGUGGAACUUGGAUCAAAACUUACAGUGGAUUGCAAUACAACAGGUGCUGAAGGGUAUGAGGUGUUUUGGACAGGCAACGGUGUCUAUAUUGAUGUAUUUUAUAUGAGCAGAAUUUUUGCAAGUCCUUAUGAGGAGGAAAUUUCUUAUGAUGGGCGCCCAAUGUAUUCUGUGAAGCUAAUAAUUUCAGAAGUGACUACUGAGGAUUAUGAUCAACAGUUUCUCUGUCAAGCUUCAAAUGCCUUUGGGCAUGUUGCAUCAUAUAUUAUAUUAAAGCGCAGAGCUCCUGAUACACGAGCAUGGCUGACUGGAGUGCUUGUGUCCAUGUUAAUUUUAACAUCUAUUACUUUAAUAAUCUACAAGAUUUUCAAGAUUGACUUGGUGCUUUGGUACCGUAAUUCUGUCUGUGCCUUUACAAAUAAGGAAGAUGGGAAAAUCUAUGAUGCCUAUGUCCUAUAUGUAAAAAGCAGUGGAGGCAGAAGCUUUUAUCAUCUGGAAACCUUUGUUCAUAGAAUACUGCCUGAUGUUUUAGAACAACAGUAUGGAUAUAAUCUCUUCAUAUUAGGAAGGGAUGAUUUACCAGGAGAAGCUGUGGUCAGUGUUGCUGAUGAAACCCUUAAGCAAAGCAGAAGGCUGAUGAUAAUUUUGGGAUCAGAAACUUCUGGUUGUUCCCUGUUACAAGACACCUCUGAACAGCGACUAGCUAUGUAUAAUGCUCUCAUCCGUGAUGGGAUUCAAGUGAUUCUUAUAGAAAUGGAUGAAAUAGUGGACUACACAAGCAUGCCAGAAUCAAUCAAGUAUGUCAAGCAAAAACAUGGAGCUAUCCAAUGGAAUGGGGACUUGUCAGAGAAAUCUUGUUCAGCAAAUACAAGAUUCUGGAAAAACGUGCGCUACCAAAUGCCACGUAGCAGAAAGGCAUCUUAUUCUGAAGUGUAUUUGUUCCCCCUAAGUUUGAACAGUUCUGCAGGAAAAAGCAGCUAAGAUGCCCUCAUUAAAAUAAUGCUAAGAAGGUAAUUCUGAAAUGUGGAGUUUUUUUAACACAAUUUUUUUAUAUUACAAAGUAAAUGUUUUCUUUAAGGAAUAAAGCUACUCAUCCCUUCCACAAAUUUCAGCCUGCAAGAAAAACUGUGCAGCUCUGUUUCUGUUCUGUGUUUUGGACAGUGACACAAUUUGUUGUGUUAGUCUCGCAUGGAUAUGAGAAAUGAAUGAUGUAUUAGACUAUUAAAUAGUCAUGGCCCGCGUAAAUGUCAUAUCCACCGAAGAAUCAGCUGUGAAGUCCAUUUCCUGAAGUUGAAACUGCAGUUGAUAAAGAUCUGUUUCUGUUGUCAGCUUUUUCCUAGUGGUUCCAUUCUUCUUCUUGUUGCCUCUCUGUGACUGUCUGACUUGCUUAUCACUGCUAGAAUCUGCACUGUGCAAGCUUUGGGGUCCCCUCCUGAGCAACAUGCCUUGUCCUUGCUUCUUGAAGGGGCUGGGGAAAUAUAUGGCAUUACAGGUAUAUUUAAAACUCCUUGCGACACUGAACGUUUUUAAGCUCAACAGGUGAUGCCAAAUGCGUUCAGCAAAUGGAAUAGAAUCUGUCACUUUUUAGACAUUUGUUGACUAAUUCUGGGGGUUGUUUUUAAAAUUAAUCUCUUGAAAUGGUCAAAGAAACUGAAAAUCUUUCAGAUUUCUUGCAAACUGGAGCUUUCUAGACUGUGCUGCUACUUGAGGAACCAAAUGUUCUCAUUCCUUGUUUCAACUGUGCUAACUACAGGCACAGAAAUUACUGAGAAUCUAUUAAGGGACUGUGCUUGGGCUGGGUAUCCUGGCGAAAGUGGAAAAUGGUCAGUUUUGAAACAUAACCAGGUACUAAUGGCAAGAAAUAACACCUUGUGCUUCUGGAAGAAAAAAAAUAGAGGCACGUGGCUAUUUCAACUUGCUUGGGAGUAGCUUGGUACUUCCAGACCCCAAUCCAUUGUUCUGUGCGCAUCACCAUGAGAAAAUGACAUGCUGCUUCCUUUUAAAUAUGGUCUGAAGUGGCAAGAGUUUUCACUCUCCAGCCUUGAAGAGCAUAAUAUGGAUACAAAUGUGAAUCCUACCUGUUUUUUGGGGUUUUUUUCUUUCUUUUUUUUUUUUCUUUUUUCUUUUCUGAAGUUAAGUAGGUUCUUAGAUUAUUACUGGGGAUAGCAUCAGUCACUGAAUUUCUUUCAGUUGGUUCUCAGAAGUGUGUAUACUGUAGAAUAUACUCUUCACUGGGCUGUAUUGAUGGGAGAGAAAGCAAGGUCCAGGAGUACAGCAUAUGUUUGAAGUGACAGAUUUGCAGUAGCAUUUCCUGGUAAAUUUUCCUUGAGAAUGUCUAGCAAGACUACUUAUGAGUAGUGUCUUAUUCUCCUGGCUGUGAAGUUCACAGCUGUAUCUUUUCCCACAGCCUCUACUGACUAGAGACUUCUUCUGAAAUGUCACCAGGAAAACUGAGAACAGAAUAGAUCCGUGAGAUGAGGUACUAUUGUUCUAGUAGAUGUGAAUCAGGCUUCUUUGGAAAUCAUAGAAUCAUGUAAUGAUUUGGGUUGGUUCCAAACCUCCUGCAUGAGCAGGAACACCUUCCACUAGAUCAGGUUGCUCAAAGCCCCAUCCAGCCUGGCCUUGAGCAAUUCCAGGGAGGAAAGAAAUAAUAAAGAAAAUAUGUUGAAAGUGUGGUGGAAUUUUUUUUUUUUUCAACUUCCUAAUUUCAUGUGCUUUGAAAUAAAAAGUAUUGAUGACUCUA